AUGGCACCACAGAACGAAAAGAGCUCUCUUAAACGCAGUAGGGUUAGCACGGACCAUGAUUCACAAGAUUUGAAAAAGCAGCGGCGCUCCCAGAGUACCACAACCCAAGGUCAAUCCCAGACUACGCCAGUGAAUCAGUCCUAUUUACCUACGCCUCUGACCCAACAAAAUUCAACCACGACGGACAUUACGAAAGAAGUCACGGCUUCACCUGGUAAUUCCAGCCAGGUGCGCUGCCAAACGCCGCUCAAUUCAGAUUCCCUCCAAACGUGUUCGUCUCCUCCUGGCGAUACGCAGGCUCAAUCACAAUUUGUAUACCCACCCAGAGCAUUUGCCGACGAAGUCGAGGAUGAGGCCGCUGAGGGGGUAUGGGGCUACCUCAUCCCGCUUGAUGAAAAGGUUCGGAGGCCCCUUGUUCUGAGAAAACGAGAUAGUUGUGAAGGCCCUGCGGAUGCGAAAUCCAAAGGCAAGACUGGGAAGGCGACUCGACGGCAAGGUAAAUCAUCGGAGGACAAACAAGGGAAGAGCCAUUCUACCGGCGGUUACUUAAUUGGUCGCCAUCCGGAAUGUGACUUGGUGAUUAACGUCCCCACUAUAUCAAAUCGACAUUUCUUGAUUUUCCCAGAAAACAGUAAAGGUGGAUCAAUUGCGAUAAUGGAGGACCUGUCCAGCAAUGGUACUUUUAUUAAUGACGCAAUCGUUGGGCGUAACAAGCAUCGUGAACUUGAAGACGGGGAUGAAGUCACUAUCUUGGAUGAAGCACGGUUUGUUUUCAGGUACCCUCGCACGAGGGAAACAAGCGGGUUCCGCCAGCAAUACAGACUUCUUCAACAACUUGGGAAAGGUCACUUUGCAACUGUCUACCUCUGUGCAGAACGGUCUACAGGAGCGCAAUACGCCGUUAAAGUUUUUGAGAAACGUCCCGGAGAUUCUCAAAAGUCCCAAGUGGACGCUUUACAGCAAGAAAUAGGUCUGUUGAUGGGUGUUAGCCACCCAAAUUUACUAUGCCUUAAAGACACGUUCGACGAGAGUGAUGGUGUAUAUCUCGUUCUGGAACUUGCUCCAGAAGGGGAACUCUUCAACUUGAUCGUUAGCAAGCAGAAGUUUUCGGAGACGGAAACGCGCCAUACAUUCGUUCAGCUUUUCGAAGGGUUAAAGUAUCUGCAUGAUCGUGGAAUCGUCCAUCGGGACAUAAAACCUGAAAAUAUACUUGUUGCAGACAAGGAUCUAACUGUGAAGCUAGGUGAUUUUGGCCUUGCGAAGAUUAUUGGGGAAGACUCAUUUACAACAACUCUAUGCGGAACGCCAAGCUAUGUGGCACCAGAGAUAUUACAAGAUUCCCGCCGCCGCCGAUACACGAAAGCUGUGGACAUCUGGUCCCUUGGCGUUGUUCUCUACAUAUGCCUUUGUGGAUUUCCUCCUUUCUCCGAUGAGCUUUAUACUGCCGAGAGCCCGUACACUUUAGCGCAGCAGAUCAAAAUGGGUCGCUUCGAUUACCCAUCACCCUACUGGGAUUCUGUGGGCGAUCCGGCUCUAGAUCUCAUAGACAAAAUGCUCACCGUUGAUGUCGACAAGAGAAUUACAGUGGACGAAUGCCUAGAACAUCCAUGGCUUACUGGGAAAUACCCUAGUGUUUCUGACAGCACCGAUGGGCUGACUGGAGCUUUGGGAAAACUGGACUUCUCGAAACGAAAAAUCGCACGGGAACGCACACUCCUUAGCACUGUGAAUCAUGUUAAUUUCAGUGAGCACAUGGAGGAAGGUGCUAUUCCGAUUAAAGUUUUCCACAAAAAUAACGCCGGAAAACGUGUACACAAUCGGCCUGCCAAAGCUCAGAAGCGUGAGGUGUCACCUGACGACAAUAGUGCCCCUAAUGAUUUUAUCAACCUUGGGGAGCGUGGAGAUCCGGUGUUGUUCAAAGAAGAUCCCGCCAGUCUGCAACUGGCUCUCAAACGGGUGCUGUCUUUGUUCGGAACUCGACAAAAGCCUGUGGCGCCUCUGUCCGAGACACUUUCCCUUUCAUGCCAUUAUUCCCCCAUUCGUUUACCUGGUGUCCCCUACUGUUCCACAAUCAUGGGUCUCCUAGCUGUUAUUCUCGACAGUGUGUGUGAGCGCUGCUCAAAUUCAUCGCUAUGGAUGCUCACCGGUGUGGCAUUGCUAUCCAUUCUCAUUGUGUCUGUGAUCAUUAACGUCUUGCGGCAACUUCUCGUCAAAAAAUCUAAUGAACCCCCCUUGGUCUUUCAUUGGUUCCCUUUUAUUGGAAGUACCAUCAGCUAUGGCAUGGAUCCAUACAGAUUUUUCUUUAAGUGCCGAGAAAAGUAUGGCGAUAUCUUCACUUUCGUCCUCCUCGGUAAGAAGACAACCGUCUAUCUGGGCACCAAGGGCAACGAUUUCAUUUUGAAUGGCAAACUUCGAGAUGUUUGCGCCGAAGAGGUUUAUUCCCCACUUACAACUCCUGUGUUUGGGCGUCAUGUGGUAUACGACUGCCCAAAUGCUAAACUUAUGGAGCAGAAAAAGUUUGUGAAAUUUGGACUUACAUCAGAUGCACUCCGUUCGUACGUUCGUUUGAUUACAGAGGAAGUGGAAGACUUCGUACAGAAGUCCUCGGCAUUCCAGGGCCCCAAAGGCGUUUUCGAUGUCUGCAAAACAAUUGCUGAGAUUACCAUAUACACCGCCUCACGUUCGCUUCAAGGAAAAGAAGUUCGAAGCAGAUUUGACUCCACGUUUGCUGAACUGUAUCAUGAUCUCGACAUGGGUUUUGCCCCCAUAAAUUUUAUGUUACCAUGGGCCCCUCUACCCCAUAACCGCAAGCGUGAUGCCGCCCAGAAAAGGAUGACUGAAACAUAUAUGGAGAUUAUAAAGGAACGCCGUAAGGCUGGCAGCAAAAAGGAUUCGGAAGACAUGGUCUGGAAUCUCAUGUCCUGCGUCUACAAAGAUGGGACACCUGUCCCCGACGAAGAAAUUGCACACAUGAUGAUUGCCUUACUCAUGGCCGGCCAGCACUCUUCUUCAUCUACUGCGGCUUGGAUUGUCCUGCAUCUUGCAGCAUCCCCUGAAAUAACAGAAGAGCUCUAUCAGGAACAACUCCGCAUCCUUGGACACGACAUGCCUCCACUCACUUAUGAGAACCUACAGAAAUUAGACUUACACGCCAAAGUCAUCAAAGAAACUCUUCGCAUACAUGCACCAAUCCACUCCAUCAUUCGAGCUGUGAAGAAUCCGAUGCCAGUGGAUGGUACCCCCUACGUGAUCCCGACCUCACACAAUGUCCUUUCCUCUCCCGGCGUCACUGCAAGAUCAGAAGAACAUUUUCCUGAUCCGCUUGAGUGGAACCCCCACCGCUGGGAUGAGGCCAUCGCUGCUAGCUCUGAAGAUGAGGAAAAGGUUGACUAUGGCUACGGCUUGGUUACUAAAGGAACCAACAGCCCGUAUCUUCCAUUCGGCGCCGGGCGACAUAGAUGCAUCGGCGAACAGUUCGCUUACGUGCAGCUCGGUGCGAUCACGGCGGCUCUAGUGAGGUUAUUCAAGUUCAGCAACCUUCCAGGUGUUCAAACCCUUCCAGACACUGACUACUCAUCAUUAUUUUCCAAGCCUUUGGGCAACUCAGUGAUACAAUUUGAGAAGCGCGAGCCCGUCACCAAGGCGUAG